GGAGGGUUUGGGGGGGGCCGGGCUCCGCGCCCCGCUGACAUCACCGUCCCGCCGCCCGCCUUUUAGCGCACGGUCGGGGUCCCCGCGGGGCAGUGCGCUGGUCCCUCGCCGAGCAUCGCCCUCGCUCCGUCCACAGCCGCUUGUCUCCCACCACAGCAGCCAUGGCAAACAAAGGGCCAGCCUAUGGCAUGAGCAGGGAUGUGCAGUCCAAGAUCGAGAAGAAGUACGAUGACGAGCUGGAGGACCGGCUGGUGGAGUGGAUCGUGGCGCAGUGCGGGGCUGCCGUGGGACGCCCCGAGCGGGGCCGCCUGGGCUUCCAGGUCUGGCUGAAGAACGGCAUCGUGCUCAGCAGACUGGUGAACAGCCUCUACCCCGACGGCUCCAAGCCCGUCAAGAUCCCCGACGCGCCGCCCACCAUGGUCUUCAAGCAGAUGGAACAGAUUGCCCAGUUCCUGAAGGCGGCCGAGGACUACGGUGUGGUCAAGACAGACAUCUUCCAGACCGUGGACCUGUUUGAAGCCAAGGACAUGGCGGCGGUGCAGAGGACGCUGAUGGCCCUGGGGAGCCUGGCAGUCACCAAGAACGACGGGAACUACCACGGGGACCCCAACUGGUUCAUGAAGAAAGCUCAGGAGCACAAACGGGAGUUCACCGAGAGCCAGCUGAAGGAGGGCAAGAACAUCAUCGGGCUACAGAUGGGCAGCAACAAGGGAGCGUCACAGGCGGGCAUGAGCUACGGCCGGCCCCGGCAGAUCAUCAGCUAGGCACUGCCGCGCCGCCCCCAGCCCUCCCCAGCCGGGACCUCCGUCUCCGCUCCCCCCGGCCCAGCGCCGCCGCCCAUCCAUUGGUAUUUAUUGAGGAGCAUCCGCCCGCCAGCCCCAUCGCCCCGCCAGCGGCCGCACGCUGCCCGCCGCA